CAAAAAAUCACGACCUUUGAAUUCUCUUGGCACUCUUGACUGCAACACGAGACUCCACGAUCUUCAAAUUUAGCCGAACCCAUGAGUUUCUUGAGGCAAAGAUAGCAAACGGAGUCGAGCUUCAAAAGAGAAGGGCAAGCUACGACGGAUUUGGCUGUGUGUAUGAGAUCUCCGGCACCAAUUCUACGCGUUGCAAAAACAGCCCGACCCGCCGACUCAGCACCGACUCGGAUCGGUGGCGGUCCGACCCUCUUGGCGCUCUCUACAUGGGGCGUUGUUCAGGUCAUGAAUCAUGGGAUUACAAAAGCGUUUCUUGACAAGAUUUACAAGCUAACCAAGGAGUUCUGUGCACUUCCGUCCGAAGAGAAACAGAACAAUUUACCUUGGGCCGGGCCUGUCCAAGGAUAUGGUAACGACAUGAUUCUUUGGGAUGAUCAAGUUCUUGACUGGAUCGACCGUUUGUAUAUUACUACUUACCCUGAAGAUCAGAGACAACUAAAGUUCUGGCCUCAAGUCCCAACCGAAUUCAGGGAAACUUUACAUGAGUACACAAUGAAGCAACAUCUAGUGAUUAAGCAAGUCUUUAAAGCCAUGGCUAGAUCUUUGGAAUUGGAAGAGAAUUGCUUUCUAGACAUGUGUGGAGAAAAUGCUACGAUGGAUACAAGAUUCAACAUGUAUCCUCCAUGUCCGAGGCCGGACAAGGUUAUCGGUGUUAAACCGCAUGCUGAUAAGUCGGCUUUCACUCUUCUCUUUCCCGACAAAAAUGUCGAAGGGCUUCAGUUUCUCAAAGAUGGGAAGUGGUAUAAAGCUCCAAUUGUCUCUGCAGAUACAAUUCUGAUCAAUGUUGGAGAUCAGAUGGAGAUAAUGAGCAAUGGGAUAUACAAGAGCCCGGUUCAUAGAGUGGUGACUAACAGAGAAAAAGAAAGGAUAUCUGUUGCAACUUUUUUCAUUCCAGGUGCAGACAAAGAGAUUCAGCCUGUGAAUGGGCUUGUGUCCGAGGCAAGACCAAGAUUGUAUAAGCCUGUUAAGAACUAUGUGAAGCUCUUAAACAAUUACUAUCUACAGGGUUUAAGACCAAUCGCAGCUUCGUUGAUCUGAUCACACUUUUCAAGUCUCCAAUCUGCUUACACAAAUGAAUCUGUUUCUUUCAUGACUUGAUCCUUUAUAAGAAUAAAACUGUUCCUUUGUU